GUGACCGUGCUACAGUGUUUCAUACUGGGACCCUGAGAGGCUGGACCUGGAAACUGAGGGAUUUCAUUGGAGAGUAAGAGCUGGUGCCUCUGUUCUCUCAGCCCGGAUACUUUCUUGUGGGCACUUACCCUGAAAAAGUGUUCCUGCCAAGGGCUGUGGAAGAAACAGAAGAAUUUCAAAAGGGAGGUUUUGUGCUGACAAAAAGCACGUGAUCCUUUGAGUAGCCCAAGCUGUUUUCACCUGAGACAGGAGAACUUGAGCCAUUGUCUUAUGCUGGUACUGCAAUGCUGAGUUCUAGCUCGACCACUGUGAAGAAUCUCCCUCUGAAAAGGAGGCUCUGUUUUCUGCUGAAACUUGUGUGCUUUGUCAGCUCAGUGUUAAUAUUUUGUGAGUUUUUAAUUUACUAUGUGGUAAUAUUUCAAUGCCGAUGGCCAAACGUGAAAGGUGGAGCUCACAUGAGUGAAAAAAAGACUUCAGCUUCAGUCCUAAAGGCCAUAAUUUUAGCUGAUACACACCUACUUGGUGAAAUCAAAGGACAUUGGCUGGAUAAGCUAAGAAGGGAAUGGCAAAUGGAGAGAUCUUUCCAAACUGCCUUAUGGUUACUGCAGCCAGAUAUUGUUUUUAUCCUGGGAGAUGUUUUUGAUGAAGGAAAAUGGAGCUCACCUCAGGCCUGGGCAGAUGAUGUCAGGAGGUUUCAGAAAAUGUUCAGGCAUUCUGUUUUUACAGAGCUGGUGGUCAUCGCUGGGAAUCACGACAUCGGAUUUCAUUACGAAAUGACUACUUACAAGGUAAAUCGAUUUGAAAAGAUUUUCAACUUUACUUCAGGAAAGCUGAUAACUCGGAAAGGAAUAAACUUUGUCCUAGUGAACAGUGUAGCCAUGGAGGGUGAUGGCUGUGCUGUCUGCAGUACCUCAGAGGCAAAACUUGUGGCUCUUUCUCACAAACUGAAUUGCUCCCUGCAGAAACCAAAUCAUUCCAACAAAAGAUGCGGUGAUGUGGAAAAGCUUCCAGCUUCAGAACCCAUCCUUUUACAGCAUUACCCUCUCUAUCGGAAAAGUGAUGCUAAAUGCACUGGAGAAGAUUCUGCUCCUCCAGAGGAGAAAAACAUCCCCUUCAAAGAAAAGUAUGAUGUACUGUCUCAAGAGGCAUCACAAAAGCUGCUAUGGUGGUUCCAGCCCCGUUUGAUUCUCAGUGGGCACACUCAUAGUGCUUGUGAAGUGCUGCACGCAGGGAAAAUCCCAGAAAUCAGUGUCCCAUCAUUUAGUUGGAGGAAUAGAAACAAUCCUAGUUUCAUUAUGGGCAGCAUAACACCAACUGACUUCUCCCUCCAAAAAUGCUUCCUUCCGUUUGAGAGCAGAGUCUUCACUAUCUACUGUGCAGCAGGUGCUCUGCUUGUGAUCCUGGUACUAGCUCAUGUUCAGCUUCUCACUCCACCGUUUUAUUUUGCUCAGCGUUUAAUCAGUAAGCAUAAAGCAGUAUGAAGAGCCAGACAUCUGCAUUCAGUCACUGAAAUACCAAAGCUGAGAACAGUCAAACAUCAGACUAUAUUCAUGCCAGCAAAUGACCUAAUUUGAUUGCUAGUCUGAAGGCAGGUUGCAUUUACACAUACCAUAGAAGUCCUAUACAGCUGAUAUGACUACUACAGGAUAAAUAAUUAACUGAAAUGAACGUUUCAUGCUGUACAAAAAUACUGUAUUCGACAAUCAAAUGAGUCCUUUUCCUGCUAUAAUUUUUGUAUCAAAUAUGUAUAUUAAAAGUGUAACUGUACAUUAUGUAAA